AUGAGAAACUAUUACUAGCCGUUGUGGAUAUAUUUCUCAACGUUCGAAUUACUAGAAACCGACGUCGUUUCGUCACAGACACUUGGUUUAAAAUCAACAACACAGUCCCCACCUUUCUCUCAUCUCUGUAUUCAUUUCCAUUACUUCUCCCCAAACCCUAAACGAAAAUCAAUCGCUACUCUCUCUCUCUUAUGGCUACCAUUAACGUCCACACUGAAGCUGGUCAAGACAACAUUGCUCCCUCAAAGCAAUCUCUUCCUCCGCCUAAAUCCGUUGAUUCUCAAUCUGUUCUCAGAAGGUUGCAGUCUGAAUUGAUGGCUUUGAUGAUGGGUGGAGAUUCUGGUAUAUCUGCGUUCCCUGAGGAGGAUAAUAUAUUGUGUUGGAAAGGAACAAUAACAGGAAGCAAAGAAACUGUAUUUGAGGGAACAGAAUAUAAACUCUCUCUUUCAUUUCCCAAUGAGUAUCCUUUUAAGGCUCCCAAGGUCAAAUUUGAUACCACCUGCUUCCACCCCAAUGUAGAUUUGCAUGGCAAUAUUUGCUUAGAUAUUCUUCAGGAUAAAUGGUCAUCUGCCUAUGAUGUAAGAACCAUUCUUCUAUCAAUUCAAAGCCUGCUAGGAGAGCCAAACAUUAGCUCGCCGUUAAAUCCACAAGCUGCACAGCUUUGGAGCAAUCAAGAAGAAUACAGGAAGAUGGUGGAGAAGUACAAGUCUCCUGCGGCUUAACUUUGAUCUCAGAGUUCAUUGAUUUAUGAUUCUCUCUGUCUGGCUGGUUUGCUUUGGAGUUUGGAAAAGAGAAGGGAUGAAAUUUUUAAAGCUGUUCCAUCCUUUCCUUUUGGACUUUCAAAUGAGGCUUCUAAAUUUUCUAUACAUGAAUGAUUGUUGUAUCUCUCUUUUGUUGACAUUUUUAGUUAAAAGCAAAACAUUGUUGCAGAUUAGUUUAUUCUUUUUGGAUCUUUGGAGAGGGUGCAAUGUAAUGUACAAGAUUAUCAGUUUCAACAAUGGAAUUUGGUUUCCUUUUA